AUGGGAGAAGAAAAAGAAUAUAUAGAUUGUUCUAAUCUUAUUUACAGUAAUGUAGAAGGCUUGGAAGAAAAUGAAGAAAUUAAAGUAGAAAAUUUUUUAUAUGAAAAGCAUAUGUGCUCUCGAGAAAUAGGAAAUGAAAAAUUAGAUGUAGGAGUAAACCCUGAAAAAAGAAUAACGAUAGAAGAAUGCGAAAAAAGAGGGUAUUUAACAAACAAAUUAGAGUUAAAUCAUAUUAUAAUAAUCAUGGAUUCUUUAUUAUUACAACAAAUAAAGUUGCUUGAGGGAAGCCACCCUUUUUUAUCGAUCUUAAAUUGCUACUAUUUACACAACUCAAAUAUAAUCCCUUGUAAUAAUGAUCCCUAUUUUUUUGAAAACUUUUUUUGGGAAUGGAUUAAGAAUUUUUGUGCUGAUAAAAUAUAUACUGAUAUUUUUAAAACUGCAAACAAUGAUUUUAUAAUGUUUGUGGAGAAUGGAAGAAAAUCACCAAUGGCACCAAAGGAUGGUGAAGGAAAUAAAGAUGAAAUUGAUAAUAAAAAUAAGAUAUGUUAUAAUGGAAAUAAUGAUGAAAAGGAUAUUAAAAAUGGUAAUGAAAGUUGGGGAAAUGAAAAAUAUAAAUCAAUAUGUAAUGAAAAUUAUAUAAAGGAUAAUAUAUUUAUUUUUUUUCAACUUUUUUUAAUUUGUUACUCCUCUAGUACUGAAAUAAUUGAUAAAAUUUUAGCAGACAAUGAAUUAAUACAUAGAGAUGAUUAUAAAAUUGGGUUAUUUAAAAUACGUGAGACAUUAAUAUAUAUGUGCCGAAAAAAACGUUCAUAUAUUUUGAAAAAUAUAGUUCUUAUAAAACGAUGCUUUAACAAUUUUUUGAUAAAAUUUGAUGAAACAAAAAAUAUGAAAUUUUCUAAAAAAGGAAAAAGCUCAAAGAAAGGAAAUGUCUCGAUAGAUGAAAAUGAUAAAUUAAUUUAUAUGAUUUUAAAAAGAAUUAAAUUUAUUAUAUAUUUUGUUUCUAUACUAAGCAAAAUAGCAUUUGAAACAUCUGACACAAAUUUUGAAACAGUAAAAGAUGAUUGCACCCAAAUUUUAAAAUGUAUAAAUGAUAUAAAUAAAGACGCAAAUUUUUUAAAUGACAUUUUUGCUGAUAAUCAAAAUAUUAUUUACAAAUAUUUUAAUAAUUUUUUUUUAAUGCAUAAAUUAAAUAAUAUCUCAAAAAAUGAUACAAAUAUCUCUGUGAAAAGGGUUUAUCCCUUUUAUGAGCAUAUAACUAUAGAUAUAGAAUAUAUAGUAAAAAAUUUCGAGUACAUAAAUUCUAAGUCGAUUUUUUUAGAUAUUGUUAAUAUUAUUCAUUAUAUAAAAUAUUAUUCGAACAGCAAUAAUAUUUUAACAAAAUCAAUAGCAAGAAUUGUUUUAUAUCAAAUUAUGGACAUGUCAAAGACACGUUUUGAUGGGGUGGAAUAUAAGUUAUUAAUGCACCAAAUAAAUAAAGGUGGAAAUACUCAAGAAAUGAAUCAAUUAAUUGGAAAUAUGAACAAGGAAGAAAAUCGAAAUGAAUGUAAGAAUGAUGAUAUUUUUGAAAAGAGAGAAGUUAAUGACGAGAUGGAAUUAACUGAAGGGGUUUCGUCAUAUGGAGAGUGGAAUAAAAUAAUGAAAGAUGAAGGGAAAAAAGAUGAAGUGAAAAAAGAUGAAGUGAAAAAAGAUGAAGGGAAAAAAGAUGAAGGGAAAAAAGAUGAAGUGAAAAAAGAUGAAGGGAGAAAAGAUGAAGGAAUUAUUAAGAAUGAUGUAGUCGACUUAUCAAAUGCUCCCUCUGGAAAUCACACAGAACCAUGUGUAGAAAAAGAACAAGAUGAAAAAGUAGAGAAUGAAGAAGGAGAAAACGAGAAAAUGUUUGAUAUUCAUGAUCCUGAAGUUAUUGAGAAUUAUUAUAGGAUGCUUUUAAAUAAAUAUAUAAAAGAAGAAAAUAAAUAUCCAUAUUAUAAAAAUAUGAAUAAAGAAUUAGAAAAUAAUAUGAAAGAUAAUAUAUUUGUUAAUUUUUUUCUAAAUUUAUAUUUUAGUGAUACAUACGCAAUAUUAGAAACAAUAGAGGAAACGAAUUAUUCAAAAAAGAUAAACAAUUCAAAUUUUUAUGUAAAAAAUAUAAUUUUUAAUGAUUUACAAUUUUUCGGAUUUUCACCAUCAUUGAUAAUUCUAUUUACAAAUUUUGUUCAUAUCCAUGAAAUAUUUUUUGUUAAAAUUGGAGAAAUUCUAAAAAUAGACAAAAUGUUGAAUUAUAAAGAUUGUGAUAAAUAUAAUAAUUUUUUAAAAGAAGUAUUUAAUGCUAAAUGGUUAAAAAUGUUUGAACUUAAAUUGCGAUAUUAUUUUCCUUAUUUAAUAAAUUACAUGGAAAAAGAUAUAUCCUCUAUAGAGUUACUAAUUUUACUCGACGAUUUUAUUGAUAAUCUUGAAAUGGGCCCAUCAGAAAAUUCAUAUGAGAUAAAUGAAAAUAAGAACGAUGUUAAAGUUGAUAAUUUGAAUAAAGACAAUACAAUUACAAUUAAUGAUAAUACAUAUGAUAAGGGUGUAGAUAUGAAAAGUGUAACAAAAAAACGACUAAAAAUUUUGAUAAUGUGCAAAAUAUUUAAUUUAUUUUUUGAUUAUGCUCAAAUAAUUGUAUCAAAAAUAUUAAAUUAUUCCUUUUUAUUAGGAUCUAGAGAGCAUUCAAAAUUAAUUAACUUUCAUAAAGAUAUACAUAUAUUAUAUACCUUAAUGAGAAUAAUAAUUUGUUAUUUUACGUUACAUAAUAUGAAAAAGGAAGUGAGCAGUAUAGAAAAUUAUUUUAAUUCACUUGUUAAUAAUAUAUUAAUUGAUUAUAAUUGUUUAAGUAUUUAUAUAAAUUUACAUUCAGAUCAAGAAUAUGCUUUUGCAUAUUAUGCUUUAUCUAUGUGUUACAAAGAAUUAUUAAAUACCUUACAAAAACAUAAUAUUUCAAAAAAUAAUUCUGAACAGAUUAGUAAAAUAUCUGCUUAUUCAUUAUAUUAUUAUAUAUUAUAUUUAUAUUCUGAUUUUUUGAUGAUAUAUUUUAUUUACAUUUCUUACACUAAUAAAAAUGUGGAACAUAUUGAACGUAAUUCAUAUGAUAUGAAAUAUAAAAAUUGGAAUUUUUGCUGUCCAGAUGUUUGCAAAAUUGAUUUUAAUAAUUUUCAAAAAAAUAAAUAUCUACUUAUUAAUUCUAUAUUAAAAAAAGAAUUAAAUAUUGAAUACACCGAUAAGAAUGAAAUUAUUAUAGGGGCUAAAAAAGGAUUGAAGAAUAUUGAACAAGUCAAAAAAAAUUACAGUCUUUCUGAAGAACUUAUUAAAAAAUAUACAGAAUUAAUAAAUAUUAAUAAUCGUUUUAUAAAUUUUAAAUUUAAUAUAUUUAACACAAAAUGUAAAGACAUAGAUAUAACUGCAUAUUUUAAGCAAUUUAUUAAUAACAUAAAUAAAUGUAUAAAGGAAUAUCUUUAUAAUCACAAUAAUAAUAAAUAUAACUAUAUUAAUAUGUAUUUAAAUUCCUAUUCUUCAAAUAUGAAGAAAUCUUACAAAAAUAUCCCUUCCUUUUGUAUCGAAAAUAUUUCUUCUUUUUUAAACCCCCAAUACGAAGUGGUGAGCAAUCAUCCUUAUUUUUUAAGUGUUCGUCAAAAAAUUAAAAAAUAA